CCCGGCCCCUGCUGGCGUCCUCGGUGUGUGCGUGACGGAGGGGCCCGAGGGAGGAGGCACCUCCAUUCUGGCUACUGUUUUGGGGGGGUGCGGGCCUCACUUAGGGCUCUCCCUCCUGCUGGCAAGGGGCUCGGGUCACCCCCAUCCCUUUCACAGCCCCCUGCUGGCUCCCUGGAGCCUGCCUCUCCCCUGAAGAUUCCUGAGCAUCCCAGGUGGCGUCCCCUCUGUGGGCGGGUGCGGGAGAAGGGGUGUCUCCAGGAGCCCUCCAGGGUACAGGGCACGCCAUGGGCAGAGCCCCGAGAGGACUCCCGGGGCGGCGGAUGUCGAGCAGGCCCCGGGGCGCUGGGGGAGGAGACGGGAGCCUACACUCCUCACUCCAGAGCUCCCUGAGGGCGGAGGGCGGCCCAGCACCCUCCAGGCCCGAGUCCUCCUGCAGAACUGCUGUGGAGCUGGGAGGGGGCUCUCCUGGGGUGCAGGUGCCCGGAGGGGGCACUGCUGGGGUGCUGUUGCCCUGAGCCCCUUCCUGUCUCACCGUCCCUCGCUCUAGCCUGGCUGGCUGGGGGUGGGCUGUGCCCCUCAGGCCCCACAGCCGUGCUGGGCUGACUGCGAGGGGCUGGCCUUGGCUUGCUGGUGAAGGAGGGAAACCUGGGGCACCUGGCCCCCGGCCUGAUCACGCCAAGAUUGGGCUGAUUCAUCCUUUCUAAGCCACCUGAGGGUUUUGGGCAGCUGCUCUGGGAGGCAGAGGCAGGUCAAUGCUGCCCUAACAGACUUGCUUCAGAUGACCCUGCAGGGGUCUUGGGUGCCUGCUGCCUUGAGGGGAGUCACACUGGACCCCCAACUCUCAGCCCUCGGUCAGCAGUUGAGUAACUGGGCCCCAGAGGCCUUGAAGCCUUCAUAGUGAUGGCAGAGAAGCGGCCGCUGGGCACCCUGGGGCCUGUGAUGUAUGGCAAGCUGCCCCGUCUGGAGGCAGACUCCAGGCCAGGCCACAGCCUGCCCCCCUCUGCUGGAAACCAGGACCCCUGCAGCUACAAGGGAGCCUACUUCUCCUGUCCCCUGGGAGGCGCUCCUAAGGCAGGGUCUGAGCGAUUGGCAUCCUGGACCCCAUACCCACCCUUGUACCCCACCAGCGUGGCAGGACCCCCACUUCGGGCUGACAACUUAUUGACAAGCUGCCUGCUCUACCGCUCACCAGCAGAAAGCGCCGAGAAGGUGCAGGAUUCCGGCCCUGUUGAGCUCCUACCCUUCAGUCCCCAGACUCACUCCUUCCCGGGCCCGCCACUGGCGGCCCCCAAACCUGUCUACCGCAACCCUCUGUGUUACGGGCUCUCGACCUGCCUGGGAGAAGGGGCAGCAAAGAGGCCACUGGAUGUUGACUGGACACUGGUGACUGGACCCCUGAUACCCCCUGCGGAUCCACCUUGUUCUCUGACCUCAGCUCCUAGCAAAGGCCAGCCCUUGGAUGGCACCUUUUUGCGUGGGGUGCCAGCGGGGGGGUCUGGCAAAGACUCUUCAGUGAGCUUCUCCCCCUGCCAGGCAUUUCUGGAGAAGUAUCGGGCCAUCCACAGCACCAGCUUCUUGACAUCCAAGUACACGGGCCCUUACUCUGGGGAUCCCAAGCAGGCGCUGUCGGAAGUACCACCCAGUCCUUGGACCCAGCUGGCCCAACCCCUGGGGCCGGGCUGCCAGGAUGCAGUGCCCACCCACUACCCGUUGCCCCAUCCCACACAGGCCCUCCCUUGCCCCCCAGCCUGUCGCCACCCAGAGAAGCCGGGGAGCUACAGCUCAGUGCUCCCGAUGCAGCCUCUGGGAGCCCACAAGGGGCCCGGGUACCCAGCUGGUGGACUGGGCAACCCUUACCUGAGGCAGCAGGCGGCCCAGACACCUUAUAUGUCCCCAGUGGGGCUGGACACUUAUUCCUACCCGUCUGGUCCCCUCCCAGCACCCUCACCAGGCCUCAAGGUGGAGCCACCUCUUGCCCCACGCUGCCCACUGGAUUUUGUCCCCCAGACGCUGAGCUUUCCUUACGCUCGGGACGAUCUCUCUCUCUAUGGAGCAUCUCCAGGACUCAGAGGAACACCACCUUCCCAGAGCAGCGUGCAGACGGUGCCACAGCCCAGUGCCUUCCAGCAGCCAUGCCAACCUCUGCCUGCCAGCCAGCCUUGCUCAGAACCUGUGAGAUCUGCAGAGCUGCCAGUGCAAGAAGCUGAGGAGAAGCUGUGGCUGCCUGAAUACAGGAAGGAGCGGCUGCAGCCUCAGCUCAGUGAGCACCCCGGGGCACCCAUUGUCAUCCGAGACAGUCCAAUUCCUUGCACCCCUCCGGCACUCCCACCCUGUGCCCAGGAGCGCCAGCCUCUCCCACAUAAUGAGGGUGCGCUGCCCCCCAGCUCUCCUCCGAUGCCUAUCAUUGACAACGUCUUCAGCCUGGCCCCCUACCGUGACUACCUGGAUGUGCAGGCGCCUGCGGCCACAGCUGAAUCUGACCAGGCCCCUGCCAAGAGCCAUGACAAGGAUUAUGGGGGGACCCUGCCUGCUCCGGAGCCCCCGUCGAGGACACACUGCUCACUUAGAGAGGAGGUAGCACUGGACUUGAGCGUCAAGAAGCCUGUGGCAGAGACGCCUCCUCUCAAGGCCCCCAGUCCUGCAGUGCCUGCCAAGCCCACCGCAGCCGUGGAUGUGCCGGGCAUGGACAGCACCAUCCCAGACAUGCCAGGCAUGGGAAGCACAGUCUCGGACCUGCCGGGCCUGAAGACGAUGGUCACAGAAGCGCCGGGGCUCCCCGGGGUGCCAGUGACCACAGAGGCCACCCCAAGGACGAACUUCCACAGCUCCGUGGCCUUCAUGUUCCGGAAGUUUAAGAUCCUCCGGCCAGCACCCUUGCCUGCGACUGUGGUCCCAUCUGUGCCCGCCUCCGCCCCUGCCCCGCCUGUCCCUGCCCCGCCUGUCCCCACCCCCACGUCGGCACCGGUUGGACUACAGGUUCUCACGCAGCCUUUGCCUGUGACUUGCUUCAACCUGGCACUGCCCAGCCCUCCGGCUGUAGCUGUGGCCUCCCCGACCCUGGCCCCCACCGCGGCCCCGGCUCUGGCUCCAGUUGCAGCCCCCGCGAGGGCUCCUACCCCUGCCGUGACGGACUCCCCCGAGCAGCGCUUCACGGGACUGCACGCGUCCCUGUGCGACGCCAUCUCGGGCUCGGUGGCCCACUCCCCGCCCGAGAAGCUGCGGGAGUGGCUGGAGAUGGCUGGACCUUGGGGGCAGGCGGCGUGGCAGGACUGCCAGGGCGUGCAGGGGCUGCUGGGCAAGCUGCUGUCCCAGCUGCAGAGCUUCGUGUGCACGCAGCAGUGUCCCUUCCCCCACGUGGUGCGGGCCGGCGCCAUCUUCGUGCCCAUCCACCUGGUGAAGGAGCGACUCUUCCCGCGGCUGCCCCCCGGGUCGGUGGACCACGUGCUGCAGGAGCAUCGCGUGGAACUGCGGCCCACCACGCUGUCGGAGGAGCGGGCGCUGCGGGAGCGGGCCCUGCACGGCUGCACCUCCCGCAUGCUGAAGCUGCUGGCGCUGCGCCAGCUGCCCGACAUCUACCCUGACCUGCUGGGCCUGCAGUGGCGGGACUGUGUGCGCCGCCAGCUGGGUGACUUUGACAGUGAGGCUGGAUCUGUGCCCCCCUCAGAACCCACUAUGACCAGAGAAGAGCCAGCUAGCCUAGCCCUGGCUUGGAAGUCACUCGCCUCCAAGGCCAAGAAGCCCGGGAAGAAGCUACCAGUCCCUGGCUCGGAGAAAGCAGAGGUGGUUGCAGGGCGAGGGUCCUGCGAUGCCUCGCCUCCCCCUACUGCCAGGUCCAGCCCACCUGGCCCCACCCUGAAGGCCCGCUUCCGCAGCCUGCUCGAGACCGCCUGGCUCAAUGGCCUAGCACUACCCACGUGGGGCCACAAGGCGUCAGGAGCAGACCGGCCUGCACCCCGCCCACCGCUGCUGGGGGGCCAGAACCAUCACUAGUUGCUGGUGCUGCUUAGGCAGCUACUGUGGGAGUCACUCUUUGCACCCCUCCCUUCUGCCUGCCCAGCUGCCCAGAGCCGUCAGAGGAUGUGCCUUUGGAGUUUCCCCCUCUCUCGCCUUGUCCCCCUGCCCAGGCUGAGCUGAGCGCCCUUGAAGUUUGAGUUCGAUGGGCCUUCAUUAGAAGGGUCCGUUCCUGUCUCUUGGAGGACAGCAUGGGCUUCGGAGCCCUAGAGAGUCAGCUUGAAUCCUGGGUGCUGUGCUCCUUGUGUAACUGGGCAAGUCAGUUCCUCGCGAGCGCUGUCUCCAUUUGUAAAAUAGGACAACACAGCCUACCUCACAGGGUUGUCGUGGGGGUGACACCUGACACGCCCAUUAUGGUUUGCAUCCUCCCGGGGUGGUCUGGGUCUUACCCGGGGCCUAGAGUUGGGGCUGAGGCCAUCACAACCUUGUCUUAGGUACGUUACAUGACCCACACUUUGUGGAGUCGCCCCUGGGAAAACCUGGGGCUUAUUACCCAAGGAUUUGAAAUUGGACCCUAACACCCAGCCUGGAGCUCCGUGAGGGAGGCCUGGCCCUCCCUGCUGCAGGGGGUGCAUGGGAUAGAGUCUGGGGCUGAUGUCCUUGGUUGGGGCUUGAUGCUCUCACCCCUGGGAGACCCCACACACAUCCUGAAUUGAUAGUGGCUUCACCGCGUUGCCUCCCCGCCUAGUGUACUCCAAGGAAGUUGUGUGCAGGCUGGAAACCAAGCAGCUGCAGGAACUCAGGGACUAGACGGGAUGGGCCAAGUAACAGUUGUGUUCUGGGAGGUCCUGAAAGAUAUGGACUGGGGGCCCAUGCUGGAGCCCCCUCAGCCUGGCCUACCACCAGGCACCUCCUGGCAGAGUGCUAAAUUGAACCAGAGGCCGGCAAGCUGGGCACUUGUAAGAUGCCUGUGAGUCCUGGGAGCAGGCCAUCAAACAUUAAAGCAUUUGGGGUUUUGUGACCUUGGGACUGGCUGUGUUUGGGGGGGGGUGAGGGGUGACAAAGAUGCCAUCACAAGUGUUAAUCCUUUGACCCCAGGCACCCCAGCGCCGAGGCAGGAGAGAUAGCCUCUCCCGAGACCCUGAGGGUCUGGCAGUUUGUGGACUGUUGCCCACUGCCCAGUGAGAAGUGCUGGUCACCACCUCUCAGCUCCUGCUCCUCAGGCACCAAGGAUGUGUCUGCCAGCAUCUAGAACAGAACUGACGCCACCCCACAAACGCCUUACCUAGUGUGAGGAGGCCACCAGGCACCCCUCCUGUGCUGGGCUCCUGCCCUGUAUGUUGGUUUGCAGGGCUGCUGAGGUGGCUUCCUGGACAUGUUUCCCACUGCGUAGGGGCCAGGGCUGGGUGCUCAGCAGGCCCAGAUGCACUGCCCUCUGUGCCUCCCGAUAGCUGGAGCCUAGCCUGGACUAGCCAGGAUUUGUAGUGGCAGCUGCUGACUGGGCCGUGAAGGGGCACAGGCAGCUGGAGCUCCCUGGUCACGGUGAGAACCCUGGGGCACCGACAACCCAGGGAAGGGUGCUGUGGGCACAGCCAGGGCGUCAUCUGGCCUGGGGAUACUGUUUGGGUCCCUGAAAAGCUUCUGCCUGUGGUGGCCUACAAGACAAUAGAAAAGAACAAGCGUGAAGCAAACAGCAUGCUGGAGGCCUACAGAUGUAUGUGGAAAACAGACAUGCCCGGGUGUGACCUGAGUGCAGCCAGUGGGGGCAGGAAGUCCCCUCCCCCAUAGCUCUUGGACUCAGCCCUGCAUCCAGAGGCGCAAGUGCUGAGGUCCAAGUCUUCAGACUCCAGACAGCUGUGCAGGGAGCAGGAGAGGUGGGUGCCACUGGGUGAGCCCUUCUGAACCCCUUGGCCUCCUGUGCCCAUCCACCUCACUUCCAGGACCUUGCUAGUUUGGGCUGUUCUUGUAUUUCCUUUCCUUUUUCCCUCUCCCUUCCUUGCAUACCUGCUGUGUCCCUGCGACCUGCCAGGCAGAAAUCUUGCUUGUGGCUCUAGAGCAGGCCUGAGGCAUGCAGCUGCUCUGUCUGCUGGCAGCUCUCUGGGAUCCUAAUGGUACUAGAGUUGGGCCUGAUGGGGGAAGUGACUGGUCCCCACAGGACAACCACACUGGAGCCGCAGUCUGAGGACUGCCCUCAACCCCUCAAAGCUCCAGGGAGCGGAGGCCUAGCCCUGCCCGGAGGGUCCCACUAAGAAGACGGUAGAACUGUCUUCCCGGAAGUGCAGCCUGAGGGGGUGGGGGCAGGGACAGCCCUGACCCCGGCCCCUGCUCUGAGUAGGAGUGCUCCCCACCCACGAGGGCGCUGACAAAGCCUCUUCCACUGUUUAGUAAGAGCGACCGAGAGCUGAGACUGAGGAAGGUGGCCUGGAAUGGGGAGAGGCCCAGCAUGCUGGGCUCCCCUCUCCCCAAAACAGGAGAUGGCUCUUCCGGUCCCGCUGGCCCCCUGUCACUGUCCUGAGCUCCAUGGCGAUGGUGUCCGGCAGAGCCCAGGAAUCCGAUUUAAUCAAGCUCCCAAGGUGAUGGAGUAGAGAGUUCAGGAAUCACAUUUCAAUAACAGUGAUCACACCCUUGGGGUUAUAGAUGAGGAAACAGGCUCAGGAACUUAGGGUGAUCACAUCAAGGCAGACUGGGCAAGACGCACAGCCAGUCUUGAGGGCUCUGGGCCAAUCAGGAGGCUCUGCCCCCGCCCUGCUCGCCCUUGCAAGACCUUUGUCUCUUUCCCAGUGUUCAGGUAAGGCUCCAGAGGGACUGGGUCUUCGGCUUGGGGCCCCGUAGUACAGCAACGAGGGGCUCUUGUCAGCCUCUUGGUUGGCUGAGCCCUCAGCCCUUCCUCCUGAAGUAUCAGUGAGUAGGCCGCAGACGCUGGAGACCCCUGGGUUCCUUCAACACUUGGCCCUGCUUCUUGAGUUCUUGGCUCCUCCCUGUCAAAGGAGAACCAGGGUAGCCCUGUCCAACCUUCAGUGCCGCCCCAAGCUCACCACCUGCUGGUUCUGAAACACCAGGACCCCAGCUUCCAGAGACCAGGUCUCCCCAAAUCCUGCCCACCGCCUUGGCACCUCCAAGUCUGAAUGAGGCAAGAGGCAAGGGUCCCCACUACUAAAGGACUGCCUGGUGCUUCACCAACCCAGUAGACAUCCCAGGCCCCAAUUUCUGGUAGCCCAGACCCCUUCCGGUGGUUGCCAGCUUGGCGCUUUCUUCCGGGCCUGUGCUCCUGUGCCAUCAGGAGUUAGCUUAGACCCGGCUUAGACCCCUCUCCUGGUCUCAUGGUACUUCUGCCCCCAAGCCCCGGCACCCUGGCCUCCAGCAUUCCUCAGGCUGGCUCAGCUGAUGCCACACGCUAUGCUCUGGACUUGCUUUCAUGCAGCCCCGCUGGUAGCCCCACCCCCGCCCCACCUCCCUGAUGUAGCCCCUAAAUCCCCACCUGCCCUCCCCCAGAUGGUCUCUCCCAGGCACGCCUCUGGACCCUGGUGGCUAGAUCUCAGGGGUGCACAGCCAAGUCCUUCCCCCUCACCUACUCGGGGCACUUUGUCUUCCAAGACCCCUGAAAGCUGGGGGACCCACACUAAGGCUUUAGACCAGCCCAGACCCACAGUCUCGUCUGAUGACUGGCCCUUCCUCAGCGCGCAAACCCGAGCCCCUGGGCAGAGGUGUGGGGAGCCCCAGGAAGUUCCUCUCAAGCAGAGAGGCUAAUUGGCCCAGGCCCUUGCUGUCCAGACUGAGUUGGGCUACUGGAGGGUCUCCAAGGCCACCUGGGCACAGGCUGUCGUGAGGAACCUGUGCUCGCACCAUCUGCCAUGCCCUUGUCAGGCACCGUCACCCUGGAGACCAGCUCUCCUCCCACCCCACUGCUGGGAUCCCCAGCAUGGCUCACCCAUGUGUGCCUCACCUCACCUGUGUGCCACUCCCAAAGAAUCCAGGCUCGCUCAGCUUCCAGAGGCUCAGCCCGGGGUCAUACUCCCAGCCCCAGGUCAUACGUGAGGGAGGAUGAGGAGACCGGGAGCUCCCAAGAUACAGGCUGGCGGGGAGAAGCCCGGCUUGAGGGAGGUGGAAGAGGGCCUGAGGCAGAAUGCCUGGAGCUUCCUCUCUGCUUUUCUUCCGUUCUCCUUUGCUAUCAAAGAAAGCAGUUUGUGCUCGUGUCCCGCCCUGUCCCGCGAGCGUGCAGCACUGCUCAGUGUUGACUGUGGCCGCCGACCUCCGUGAGCCUGCUGGCUCCGCUUUGCCCUGUGAUCCAUGGAGAAGCAGUUGUCCCGCCUUCCUCAACAAGGACCAACUGAAGCAGAGAAGUGGGCAGUUCACCCACCGCCCUGCUCCUGGCCUGGUGGUCCUGCCAAGGGGAUGCUAAGCGUGGAGGCUUCCCUUUCCCCAGAGUCUUCUCUCCCCAGUUGAGGCGCACACUGUCCUUGCCCAGCUUCCUAAAAUCCAUGGCGUCUGCUCCUAGUAAGUCUUCUCAGCUCCACGGAAUUGGUGGGGCUGCCAGGCCUAGAGUUGGGGCCCUGCCCAGCCUUGUCCCUGCUGCCUCUCAUGCCCCUGCAGGUGAGGGAGGGGCCUCCAUUGCUAAGUCUUCUCCGCACCAGCUCCCGGCUGCCAGCAGUGUUCUGGGGCGGGGCCAGGUGGAGGUCCGAUGGCAGAUUCUGCCCACCAGCUCUGACCUCCUGUACCCCGUGGCGGCCAACGCAAGCCAGCCUCUCCUGGCUUGUGGGCCUGGCCUCGCUCAGCCUGGUGGUUAGUGGGAGGAGGCCUCAGAUUUCUAGAACAUGUCCAGCACCACACCUUUGCUAUCCUGGCUUCUCUGGAAGACCCUGUGGGAGCCCCUUUAGCUGCUUCCCUAGCCCCAAGAAUCUUUCAGUAGGUUUGCCCCUUAUUUUAGAGCUUCUGGUGGGGUUUCAUGUAAGGGUUGAACCUAUAGGGUUGGGGUAUAGGAGAUGGCAUCUGACUAGGACAUAGAAAGCUGUAAUUCCCCCCAGAACAAGGCCCUCAUCUGCCCAGCUUCAUCUUCAAGGACAGCCCAGAGCCCUGCUUCUUUGGGAAUUAUGGAGGCCCGUGCUGAUCUAAAUUGAUUUCUAAGGCAGUAUCGACAGGUUCAUGGGACAGAGGAGGGAAGACUGAGGCUUAGCAUGGGGUGACCCAGGUCAGAGCCAUAAAACCAUGACCAAGCAGAGCCUAGUCUUGGCCCAGGGUGCCCUGAGGACCCUGUUCAAACUUCUUCCCAGCGCACUUGUGUUUCCGGCCAGUCCUGGUGAUAGUCGCCAGGAACUGCUGGUGCUGGCGGCACCGACCAACUAGCCUGUGGUCUUCAUCUCCCCACCGGCUGCCUCAUGACAUGUCUGGUUUGGGCCUGGUAGACCUUUGUCUGCUUCUGACCCCUUCUGUGACUCCAGGCUCUCAGCUGAACCACUCUGUCUUGUCAAUUUCCUUGACUAUCCCCAACAGGAAGUUUGCAGAGCCACUCAGGGACUUAUCUCCUGUCUACUCUGCCCUCGCCAUGGCCUCGGUGGGCUGAUGGCCAGGCUUGAGGUGGCCAGGUGUAGGAAAACCAAAGUGAUUCCAUUGUUUGUUGACACCCUUUUGGCCUCGUGACUGAUCACUGUGCUUCCCCAGGAAGAUGGCCACAUUCCCCAUUGUCUUCUACCUCUACUCUAACCUGAAUCUUGGCCCAUAUACUAACUUAAUAGAACAAAGAGGCACAUGACAUGGCCCCUGGACACUGGCGUCCAUAGUUCCACACAAGCUUUUACUCUUUUAGUUGAACAGCAGGCCUCUGUCCUGUUGGUGGGAGCUGUGGAUUACACCUUCUCCCAAAACCUGUCCACUGGCUCUGGUAUCUGAGUGUGAAUUCCCUCCCCCUUCUUUUAAUCAAAAACUAAAGGUUUUUACAGUAAAUUCAUAUAUACUCAUCACCUAGAUCCUAUUAACAGUUUACCAGAUUUGUUUUACCAGAUAACUUUCCAUCUGUAAGUCUUCCCAUCUUAUUUCUCAAUCAUACUAUAAACACCAAUACCCUUCUCACUUCAGCCUGUGUAAUAGCAACUAGCUGGUCUUUACUAAAAGUUUCCCAGUAUUUUUCUUUUGAAAUAAAAUUUAUUUAUUUUUUAAAGAUUUAUUUAUUUGUGCAUACGAGAACUUGGGCACAGGCCAGAGGUGUGGGGGGUGAGAGGAUUCACCAGAGACAGAGUGGGGAGCAGAACAGGCAGACUGACUGAAGUACACUGCUGAGGGGAGCAGCGGGGAGAGAGGAGAGGUCUGCUGCGCCAUGUGGGUAACUCACUGGUGGGGGAUUGAACUUGUGAUACGGAGGCUGCGGAUUGCUUGAUAGGUUGCAUUUUAACCCCUUGCACCACCAAGGAGGCCCUCACUGUGCUUUUAAUGUAUAUUUCCCUUGUUAGAAGUGAUGAUGACUUCUUUUUCAGAUACCUGUUGGUCUUCUAUAUCUCCUCUUUGUAAAAUUGUCGUCACAUCUGCUGUGCAUUUUUUAAUUGGAUUGUUUGUAUUUUUUUUUUGUUAAGUUGAACGAUUUCUUUGUAUCACUUGGAUAUUGCAGGGAAACCAAAGUGAUGGCAUCUUGUAUUGGCGUCAUCGUAGACCCAUGUAGUCCUUGCCCUGCCCUGGAAAGCUAGCCAAUUUCCCCAUCGUUUCUCUCCCUCGCAGUAACUUGAACUAGUGAGCCAUACACAACUCUAUUAAUCUUAGUAGAACAAAACUGCGCUAGAAAUCCCCCCAGACAUCCAGUAAUUUUAGUCUUACACAAGAAAGAUGACAGGUGUUACGGCAUAUAUACGGGGUAUAAGAAGACCCCUGGGGGGAGGGGGGCAUGACUCCUGCCUCGAACCAAAGUCCUGUCCACUGGCUCCAAUACUGAGGACCCCUGUCAGUAAGUGGCCCUUAAUAAGUUUUAAGUGUGAUUAACGUGGGCCUUCUUCAUUCUUUAGACUCAAAUGACCUUCUCAGUUUGGUGAAACUUAUUCAUUCCCUCCCUUGCACAGACGUUCCCCCUUUGUUGGUGGUAUGAUGUCUGAAUAUCACCCAUUCAGUAGAAGGAUGUCUCCUUAAUCUGCUAAUAUUUUCUUCCCCUGUGUAAGUUUUUUAGUUUGAGGCAGUUGUUGCUUUUUGCUUUUAUUUCCCUUGCCAUAGGCGUCAAGACCCCAAAGAUAGAUCUAACAUGGAUGUCAUGAAACAAAUCGCUUAUGCUUUUUAUUGUGUAUUUUAUAGUUUUGGGUCUUCUAGCUAAGUCUUCUAUCCAUUUUGAAUUUAUUUAUGUGUGUGGAGUUAGGGAUUAAUCCAACUUAUUCUCCUACCUGUGCCCACCCAGUUGUCCCAUUACCAUGCGUUAAAGAGACUCUCCUUUCCAUUUUAUAGUUGUGACUCUUUUGUCAUAAAUUAGAUAAUGAUAUAUGUGUGGAUUUUGGGGGGACUUUUUUUGUAGAAGAACCGGGGUAUAGGCCAGAGGUACAGGGUGUGAGAGGAUUCACCAGAGACAGAGUGGGGAGUAGAACAGGCAGAUCUACUGAAACACACUGCUGAGGAGAGCAGCAGGCGAGUCGAGAGGUCUGCCUCGCCGUGUGGGUAGCUCUCUGGCUGGCCGGGGGAUUGAACUCAUGUUGCACAGGCUGCAGAUUACUUCAUAGUGUGGUGCUUAACCCCUUGUGCGCCACCAGGGAGGCCCUACUUAGCAUUUCUUUUUUUUUUUUAAAGACUUUUUUUUUUAAGAUUUAUUUUUAUUUAUUUAUACAAGCA